AUGAAUUUCGGUAUAUUUUUGAUAAUAUUCGGCUUUACAGAAACGUUGUUUAGUUUAAAGGUUAAUAAAACAGAAGAUGACUCUUGUCACAUUUGUACAAUAUCAUAUUUUCGUCGUAAACGUGCACAUUCAGAAUAUACACGAUGGUACGCUAAUCCAGAGAGUACACAAGAAUUCAUCGUAAAAGUUUUAGAAGAUGAUAUAUCUACAGCUAGAAACAUAUUUACGGCAGUAAAUAUCCAACCAUUUACUGAAAUUCAAGAAAAUAUAAUAGUUGGUGGGGUUGCAAUACCAUCUCCAACUACAGAACUCAUUAUUGAUAAUUCUAAUGAGUAUACUCGUUUUGUACCUCCGACCACUCGUUCUAUAACACAAGUCGAUGAAAAAAUAGUACAAGUACCAAUCAAAUCUUUAACUAAUUUAGUACCACCAGUAAGACCUAAAGGCAUUGAAAUAAAACACAGUUCUGGGCGACAUUUAAAUCGUGAUAUGAAUCCACCAGAAAGCCCUCAAUUUUUAUCAAGGUCUCAAACUCUUGUAGCACGACAAUUUGCACCAAUAGCGCCAGUAUCCUUCACACGUCGUAAAACCAUUGGUCCCCUCACCCCACGCACGGUUGACAAUUUUACAGAUGUAUCAAGUAAAAGUUUUGAAAAAGAAAAUGAACUAUUUGAUAAUAACUUAUUUUAUAAUGACGAUGAUGAUGUUGAGUGCACAAAAACCCAAGGAAAUGUCGAAAAUAUUAAUGUUGCCAAAGUCAUAAAAAAUACGCCAGAAAGUAUUAUCACAUCAGACUUUACUAGUAAUAUUACUGAAGCAGAUGUUAUAGACAAGGAUUACCUAGAUGAAGACGAAUCAGAAAAUGUAACUUUAAAUACUACUGCUAAAUCUAUCUUUGGAGUUGCGACCUUACCGGAAAUCGCAAAACCAAAUAACUCUACAAGAAAAAGACCAAUUUGUAGUGUUAUGAGGUCAAGUCCUCUUACUUUCAGUAGACCACAAACCCUACACGAGAUUGUUAUACAAUUAAAGCAUUGGGCUGAAGAAAGCCCUGUUGCUAAAUGGUUAGAUAUCACUAAAGGAAACUAUACAGUUAUGGAAAAUCCAAUAUACAUGAUGAUAGUUGAUGAUCCAAGUAGUGGACAAAUUAUUUCUGCUAAAAAAACAGUUAUGAUUGUUGCAGGAAUUCAAGGAAGAGAUCACCACGCAGUUACGGCCGCGAUGUAUGUUUUAUAUCAACUGAUCGAACGCAGUGAAGCACGCGCCGAUCUCCUGUCAAAAUUUCGUUUCUGGAUUAUUCCUGUUUUUAAUCCUGAUGGAUAUGAUUACUCAAUAACUUUUCCUCAUAGAACGGAAUGGUCUAAGAAUUUACGCCAGUCUUGGGACACGUGCAAAGGACGCGACUCUUGUCGAGCCUGCGAAGAUUUUGGACUUCGAUGCACGAUUCAACCGUGUUAUGGUGUGAACCUCGAUCGUAAUUUUGAGUACCAAUGGAUACCUCCGGAAGAGUUACGGGCGGAGCACCCGUGUGGCGCUCUGUACGCCGGUCCUCGUCAGCUAAGUGAAAUAGAAACCCAUGCUCUGACACAUUUUCUUCGUGAACAACAAGCGCCUAUCUACUCUUUUAUUGCAUUUAAGGAAGGCGAAGUCCUUGGAAUUCUAUAUCCUCACUCACAUACGAACAAGAGACGUGCUUUCGACCAUGUUCAUAGACAACGCGCUUCACGAGCUGCUUCCGCUGCCUACAGCAUAAGCGGUCGACCAUAUGUUGCUGGACAGACGUCGGAAUUUUUACCGCUCUACGCUGGAGGUAUUGAAGAUUGGGUUGAUGGCCACUUAGGAAUCGAUAAUACUUACACCGUUAUGAUGUUCAGACCCAAUGAUGCUCAAAACUCAAAACUUGCAACUGAGCGCGUCGUUCACGAAGCUUAUGCGGCUGUUGAUACUUUGCUCUUACAAAAUAUAGAAUCACCAGUCCUACCUCAAGUCACACUUACUAGAGCAAAGGCUGCACUAUCACGUUUGCCUCUAAAACGACGUGCCAUUUUGAUUAUACUCAUCAUACAAAGAUACGUCUAA